CUGACUCAGAUGAUGGUGAUGGCUGUCGGGAGAGGAGGCUAACCGACCUGCGCCGCAUAGAUGCUCGGACUGCUGGACGAAACUAAAAGCGAGAAACAAGCAAAUAUCCAAUGAUGGACGGGUUUGCGGGGGACAUGCUGAGCGACAGCUCGGUGAUGGCUCGCAUGCAGAAGAAGUUCUGGAAGACCAAGCAGGUCCUCAUCAAAGCCACGGGCAAGAAGGAGGACGAGUAUGUGGUGGCGUCAGACGCCGACCUGGACGCCAAGCUCGAGUUCUUCCGCUCGGUUCAGUCCACGUGCACAGAGCUGCUGAAGGUGAUCGAGAAGUACCAGCACAGGAUUUCACGCUUGUCUCAGGAGGAGAACGAGCUCGGCCUGUUUCUGCGCUUCCAGGCCGAUCACGAUCGCACCAAGGCUGGAAACAUGAUGGACGCCACCAGCAAGGCCCUGUGCACCUCCGCCAAGCAGAGGAUGGCACUUUGCCCUCCGCUGCACCGUUUGCACCAGGAAGUGGAGACCUUCAGGCGGCGCGCCAUCGCCGACACGCUGCUGACAGUCAGUCGGAUGGAGAAGUCCCGCACAGAGUACAGAGGAGCGCUGCUCUGGAUGAAGGACAUAUCCCAAGAACUGGACCCAGACACCUACAAACAGCUGGAGAAGUUCCGCAAGGUCCAAGCCCAGGUCAGAGGGACCAAGAGCCAGUUUGAGAAGCUGAAGAAUGAUGUGUGUCAGAAGGUGGACAUGCUGGGAGCCAGCCGCUGCAACAUGCUCUCCCACUCCCUCUGUACUUACCAGACCACUCUGCUGCAGUUCUGGGAGAAGACGGCCCACGCCAUGCUGCAGAUCCACGAGGCCUUCCAAGGACACGUACCUUACCAGUUCACCACACUCAAGGACCUGCGAGAUCCGCUGGAGCAGAUAACAGAGAUGGAGAAACAGGCGGAUAAGAAGGAGAAGGCUCCACAGAGCAACACGGACAGUCUGGUGUCCUUGGAUGACGACAAGCCAUCAGGAAGUGCCUCUGACGCAGAUCCCGCCCACAGCAGUGAUGGACAGAGCCAAGCCAGUGACUGUGCGCACAAAAAAGCUCCCACGCCCACCUCAGCCCUGCGGGAUCUCGGAGGACUGUCGAUGGACUCUGACGACGGUCUGAUGCUCAUGGCCUGUGAUCUGCCGCAGCCACGGCUCCCAACAAACGUCCCGCUGCAGCCCCAGCUCCUGCCUCCUCCUCAGGGUGGAGACCAGGAUGAGGCCUGGGGCUUUGGGAGCCUCACGUCCAGCCUCUCACAGCUGCCUGCCACUGGUGACGGUCUGCUCUCAGGAGGCCCCCCCCACCCUGCAGGGACAGGGCUGAGACCGGAGGAGGAGGACAGUGAGAAGGGCGACAUGGCUUUCCUCAAAGAUCUCCUCAGUCCAGGACCAGGAGCCAGCGAUGAGUUCAGCAAAGAGUGGCAAGAUGCUUUCGGGAUGUUCGACCCUCCCAAAGUCCAACCUGCAGCCGAGGUGGCAACGGGCAGUGGGCAAGCGGCACGUCUGCCUUCUAACCCCCCCAGCCCUACAGGCUUCCUGCCCUCCCAGCUGCUGGAUCACAGUCUGAGCGCCACAGGCUGGUCAACCCCCCCGAUGUUCCAAGCUCCGCCUCUGCAGCCUCCUCCUGGUCAGAACCAAUCAGCUCAGUCGGCUCCAAGUCCAGCAGCUAAUGCUGCUCCAAGUGGAUCCAAAGACAUGUCUGCCUGGUUCAACCUGUUCGCAGACCUGGACCCUCUUUCCAACCCAGACGCCAUUGGACGCUCUGCGGAUGAGCUGCUCAAUGCCUGAAGCCCUUUGUGUGUGUGUGUGUGUGUGUGUGUGUGUGUGUGUGUGUGUGCGCCUGUGUGUUUGUGAAUGUAUGAUUUCUCUUCAAGAAUCUGGAUGUCAGCAACUUUUUCAUGUCAACAACCAAGUAAAUGAUCUAACACACACACACACAGACAUGAUGCUCACACAUGCACCUGCAGUUCUGUUACAUGGAGAGACGUGUGCACGUGUCCACACUUGAACAUACGAUCUUAUUGUUACACUGGAAGAUGAUAUUUUACACCGUCAGUAGAGACGAUGGUUAAACUCUGUUGGUGAGUGGCUGAACUGCUGCUGCAGCUUUGACAGAGACUGUUAACACUAACACAAGAAGCCACUGACUCGUGCACACAGCAGACCUCAUGUGGUUUGUGUUACUCUUCACUUUGUUCUUGCGGCUUCUGUCAGGCGGAGAGUGUUUGUGUUCCAGGUUGCUUCUGGACGCCGUUGUGUACUUCUGUUUUUUAUUAAUGUUUGCAUCGUUUGGGUGUGUGUCGGUUUGCUGUGUGUACACAUCACAAGAGACACAGGAUAUUAAAAAGACUCUAUUUACUCUUAUUACGUUGUUUAUAUGUAGUAGCACAUGAUUGUCACACAGGAGUGAUUAUAAACUGGACGUGGUGUGUAUGAGAUGAGGCGGCAGCCUGUUCCUGUCACUGAGCCUGUGUUUGCACAGAAACAGCAGCGAAGCUCCAACUGCAGCAAAGGCCACAAAGCUGAGUUCAGCCUCACAUCAGUGAUCCUCUGGUAUCAUGAAGCUGGUCAGCACUUGGCUCUGCUUUAACUCUGGCUCUUCUCAUCCAGCCAGAGAGCUAACUAUUAAUUAUAUGCAACAUCAUCAGGAACACGAGUGACGUGUUUGAUACGACACGAGCUUCAGCCAUGACAGCAGAGGUGAGAAAAUAGGAUGUAAAGACACAAAAACACCUUAUCCUGAAUGCACCUCUGUAAGGCUGUAAACAAGUGUAGGAUUUAUUAUAUAGGCCAUCAUGAGGUUCACAGGAUGAAUCAUAACAAUGUCAUCCUCUGAUUUUACAGGUUUUUGGUCGUAAAGGACAAAAAACUGAUGAAAAGUCUUUCCCAUCAGCCUCAGCUGUACUUAUGCUAAUUAGCAAAUGUUAGCAUGCUCAUAUGCUAAACCAAGUGGGUUAAUAUUACCUGCCGAUCCUCAGCAUUGACAAUAUGAGAAUGAUGUUUGCAUUGAGCUCAAAGCACAGCCUCACAGAGACACUCGAAUAUCGGAUGAAGUCUAUCUGACUGAAAUGCAUUUAUAAUGAUUAAAUUAUCAAUGUAUAUUUAUUUUCUAUUAAAAGCUCCCAGUGACUUUCAUUUACAGUCAUAAUCUAAUGAGAUAGAAGGAGGAAAUGGUUUUAGACUCUGAUGUGCAGUAAUAGAAUAAACGUGUUUGGAAAAAUCUGGGAACUGAACCACAACUUAUGCAGCUAAGAGUUUGUUGUUUUAAAGCCAGAGCAGACUGAUCUCACUUUGUAAUACAGACCAUCGUGAAGACUCCACCAUUUGGAUAAAUAACGUGCAAUGAUCAGCGGAAGGAAAACUCUGCUUUCUCAGAGCUGUGAGGGAUUCAGUUAGAGGUCUAAAGUCCGUGAUGAGCUGUGAACCAUCUCGUCCUCGGAGGCGGCCGAUGGUGUCAGAUUACAGGCGCAGUGGAGAUCUAAGCUUCUGUGAUGCCAACAGCCUUUUACUGACUGUUUAACUUUCCAUUCCAGAUUCUGUUGGUUUGAAUGUAGAGUCAAAACAGGAAAUGUUUGAAAUCAUCUCCUGUCCCAUCUGUGGUUAAAGUUUCACAAUCACAAGUCCAAGGCCAAGAAAAAUGUGUGAAGGAUGAAACAUUUAUUUUGUAAGUAGGACAAAGGGAAUUUAUUAUUAUUAUUAGUGGGUUGUUGAAGUCCUACAAAUGUACAAAUAACAGAAAGUAAUUUCCAGAUUAUAUCACUGUCACUGCAAAAUCAGAUGUUAAUUGUUUUGCACAACACUGUAAAGAUAAAGUAACACUAUUAAAUAACACUGUAAAAUAAUUCAUAUUUUUAGCUCUUGUGUGAGAUAUAUAUAUAUAUAUUGUUGUAAGGGAAAGGAAUCAACACUGGAGAGCUGUUACCAUCUCAAUGGAUUUAUAAUGUACCUGAUGUGGAUUUAAUUCCCACUGAUUCAGUUUUGUUUUUGAGGGAAAAGAAAAUACCAAGACUGACAUUUUUGAAUGUUUACCUUUUUGGUUUUGGUGCAAAAUGACGAUGCAAAGCUUCAGCUUUCUGUUGAGAUGUGAAAACUUGUACAUGCACCGACUGAAACCAAAUCCUCAGUUAUGACAUUUGUGCUAGCUAAGAUGAUCGGAGUGCAUUAUGGGAAAAAUUCCUCAUGUUUUAUGAGUAAGACAACUCACGAAUACUUUUAUACACAUUAGUGUCUAUGCUUUUUUUUCUUGUUUCUGAUGCAGCAUUUAAACAUCAGUCACAGGGGAACAACUGUAUUAAUAUUUCUGUCACCUCAUGUAUUUUACUUUUUACUGUUGAUUCACACGCUUUAAAAAAUAAGAAUGUAUUUCUCAAUUCAAUCACAAACGCUUCAUUUAAUUCAACUAUGCCUUUUUAUUUCACUGGAGGAGUUUAACAGAUGAAAACUUGGCAGUUCUGUUUCCAAUAAACUGGACAAGCAAACAUA